AGAUGACCCGGAUGCCUCGAUGAUAAAACCAUAACCCAAGAAUCCCAAAUAAACCGAAGAUUUCAACAGCACAACCUUUCCUGUACAUUCUAACCUCCGUUUUUACCGGAGUCUACCCCUUCUGCCUCUCCUUCAGAGGAGAUCAAUUAUCAUGAUGUUGGAUCUUACCAUGCAUAGUAUCAAUACCUUCAGAAGAUACUUUCAUCGUGUUUUCGUCUUCUUAGUUUGGGCAUUGUGUGUUGAAAAAAAGAUCCUCCUCGACGUUCUCGCUCUCAGAAUCGUGCAAACUGCUCAAAGUAACCCGGAACAGUCAGCACACAGUGGAUCGACCCACGGCCACGACAGCAACACGACGGAGGCUGUCGACAAUGCGUCGGUGAAAUUACCAGAAGAGAGGGUUGGUCUUGAACAAGAAGACCGAGGAGCCAGCAAAACGAAAACCGCAAGGAUUUUUUUGCAAAUCGAGAAAGUAAAACCUGCUCUCACCGCAGUUGCUGGUGGACCUUCCAGCUGUGGAGGCGGGGGCGAUGACGCAGCGGUAGGAGAAGCGAAAAACCUGGGUGCAGGAUCAUCUACAAUUGGUCUGAAUGCCGUCUCCACACAAGGACAAGGAGUUUACGCGGAAGGUUCUGGCUCAUAUUUGCGUGCCCCGGCGGCACCAGGAGGGCAAAUUGCACCAGAGACGGCUCAGGUCGUGGGAGGUGGGCAGCCGUACCCGAUGCAGGUUACGAUCCCUUUGAAAACAAAGCCUUUCGUGGGAAAGAAGGCCGUGCCGCUUUUCCGAGCAUCAUCUUCAAGCGGGGACGCAGGAGCAAAAGGAGAUAUGCUCACGAUGGAAAGCACCCCACUGGAGGUCACUGGCACAGCGGACGCAAUGCAGGAUCUUUCGACGGAUUCCGCCUCGCGCGUCUUUACCCUCCGUCCACGGUUGGACUUUUCUUUGGGCCCAAAAGAUCAGCCUAGUACCCUGGAAUCGCAAGAGAUCCAGGGGGCGCGGGCGCCCACACCGCAGAAGUCACAGGUCGUCGCAGGGGCUGAGCAAGUAGUUGCCGAUACGGUGGAAAUCAUCACCGACUCGCUCGCAGUCCCUCCAUUGGGGGGUGCUAGUGCGACCGCGGGUUCAGGAAUACGGGACGACCACCUCAAGGGCGAUGCGCACCGGCGAGUCCUCUGGGUUUCACAACCCGGCCCAAGUAAACUGUGGGUGGCAAAUCGGUCCGGAUGCGACUUUCUCCUUCAAAUCAAAUGUGCUGCUGACCGACGCAGAAAAGUGCCGCGCCUGGGUCGGGUUCGUAAAGUCAGUUGCGGAUACGGCCAGCGCAACAAGUACUUGCACGAACGAUUAUUUCAUUAUAUUUGGCUUAGGCUUAGUCAUACUCAUAGCCUCAGACUUAGUGCACUAAUGUAGUAGCGUUUGGGUUUGCUUGGUUCUUAAACUUAAUAUUCUUCCAUUCUAUUUAUCUAUGAUGAAUCGGUGAGUUCUGGAUCUGGUGCCACUUGAAUUAACGCAAACAGAUCCGACUUCUGCUGACCUUUUUUGCCCCCGUGUCGACGGAGCUGGGAAAGGCUUCGAAACAAGGAGGAGGUGUUAUUCGCUUGCGUGGUUCGACAAGGACUUCAAUGGUAAUGCCAACCUGGGUGGGGCGGGGAUGGUGAAGCACAGCACAUGUGCGGGCACUUGGGGGUCCAAACUGUCCCUUUCGCAGAAAAUCACGCCUCUCAGCAGCAACCUCUCUGAGCUCGCUGCCCGGGAUGCCGAGGAGCCGCUAGUGGACAAAGACGGCACGAACCUGCUGACAGACUUCAAAAGCGAGGCGGGCGGCUUCCGGAUGCAGCUACCAAAGGCGGCCUUGAGCAUACCGCCCUCGUCGGGGGAUGAGCAGGCAAGUUUCUCCUGCGGCAGGGAGACCGAGGACCGCGACGCGCGCCUGUGGCUUCGUGACGAAUUCUGGGGCGGAAAAGCGAGCAGCAGCGACUCGAACAGCAACGAUAAUCUCCACAACGACGCUGUGUCCGGUGUGCGGCUGCAGAUCGAGGUGAGCGCCGAUUGUCCGGAGGAGGUUUGGUUUUCGGACUUCGAGGUCCGUGACGGCACAGUCUGCCCCGCGGCCGAGCGCGCGAGGAAUUUGGAUGCCUCCGCGCCCUGGAUCCCGGCGGGAAAGAGCGCACGACUGCUCUACAUGGAAAUCGCCGCGAAAGUGAACAGCGCAGAUGAGGGCACGACACAGGCAGAUUACGUUGUGCUGCGGGGCAACAGGGCCGCCCGCGAAGACUUUGUGGAUAGAGACCGCAAAGGGUUUCUUGAGGAAGAAAUCACGGACGCGAACGGUUUUAUGCUGUUGGGCCACCCCUGGGAGCCGUGCCCGUCGCCCGAAGAUCCGCUUUUUGACGACCCGGCGCGCCGGCGGACGUUGCUCGUGACCUCCCCCGCGAACCCGCGCGGGCUUUGGGGCUUGGGCGAAGACUCGAUUUUCGAGUUCCGGUCCGAUCUGCUGACGAAAGAUGAGAAGUGCAAGGCCUGGAUCGGCUGGGUAGCGUAUGACGAAAGCUGGAUGACGGACAUUACCGACCUGGCCACCUGCACGCCGAUGACCAGGCCGUACAGCACCUCGGCUGGUUGGACCUACAAGGGGAGGGAGGUCACGAAUCCCUGCAUUGCCCUCCCCUGGCUCGACAGGCGCGCCGGGAACGAAGUUCGCUUCAACUACUGCGAAUUGGUCCCGGGUGGUUUCGAGGGGGAAGGCAUGCGGUUCGACUCGUGGACGCUGCCGCCGGACGCAGACAAGGUCCUCGCCGCAGCGGAAUUCGACAAGUUUACUAAUUGGAAAGGUGGGCUCCUUACAGCGUUGCCGAUCCGUGGAGGCGUGCGGUGCGAGGACGCGCAAGCUAUGAAAUGGAUCCAGGGCGCGAGUGGGUUAUGGGGACGACCUAGUAGUACUAUUAGGGGUGCCUCUACUGCUUCACGAGAUCCCAUGGUGGCCUUGAGAAUUGAACUCAGCUCCGACUGCCCCGACGACAUCACGUUCUCGGAUUUUAGAAUGCAAGACAGCUCGACUACUAUGCACGGAGGGCAAAUAAGCACGGAUCAGUCCUUCGCGCAAAAGAACGCAGAUUCUUCUGGCGCAAAUGCAGCAGCAGCAGCAGCAGCAGCAAAGAAGUCGCCUCGUCGUCCGAGCGGGGUUGGUGGUAUUGUGUUUGUGUGAGUAGUUUCUUCGUGCUGUAGUCGGAGAUGCUGUUGCUCUCGCCCAUCUGAUGUUUCUUUCUGUUUUCGUUUUGUCUUUUUGAUUUUGUUUCAAUUUCAUACAUAUGACGAUGACCACGACGUUAUCAUCUAAAGGUAAAGGUAAAGGGUCUGUAUAAAAAAGUUUGAGUUUUUUAAAAUCGUUGUUGUAGAAGCGUGUGAGUUUGUUUUUCAUUCUUAACGCAUGGCAUUACUGAGUCAACCCUUUGUUUCAUUUUGAUACCCACCCGCCCCGAAAAAUUUCGACUUGUCUAAAGACGUAGCUGUCUAGAGGUCACCGCUGAUCACCACCCCCGACCGAUCGACGGAAUAACAAUAAUCCCCGAGACUUCAUUGCGAUUAGGAUUACAAUUGCGUUUGAAAUUGAAUUGCUUCACCAAGAAAACUUCUUAAGUGAUACAGCGUGAGCUUCGUUUUUCAGGGCGCAAAGUGAAUGAGCGCGUGUCCCUCUGAAUGUUCUUGUUUUCGUCUUCUGUUGC